AUGAUUCUCACGAUUUCUCUCUCUCUUCAUCUAUCUAUCUAUCUAUCUAUCUAUCUAUCUAUCUAUCUAUCUAUCUAUCUUUCUUUUUUUCUUUUGUCUCUCAAUUCCGCUUCUAAUUUACCCUCUUUUCCUCAUUUCUACACUUCUUCCUUGCAUACAUUCAUUCUAUUUCUUUUACCUACGACUAAUUUACAUUCUUACGAUUUCUCUCUUUUUUCGUUCUUUCUUUUUUCUUUCUUUCUUUCUUUCUUUCUUUAUUUCUUUUUUCUUUCUUUCUUUGCUAUGUCUCCAUUAUUCCUCUCACAUUUGUCUCAUUCUUCUUCCUUUCUUUCUUUCUUUCUUUCUUUCUUUCUUUCUUUCUUUCUUUCUUUUGCCUCUCAAUUCCGCUUCUACUUUUCCCUCUUUUUCUCAAUUCUACACUUUUUCCUUGCAUACAUUCAUUCUAUUUCUUUUAUCUACGACUAA